UGAAAUUUAACACUUCAAAGUCCGCCAUCGCCAAUCACCGGACGCAGAUUUCAUGUCUCUCUCUUUCCCCUCAAUAAACAAACACUACCACGCACCAACUCUCUCUACUCCUCGAAAUUGUUUAUGAGAGUUUGAUGCACAUAUGCCGCAGCUGAAUCGAAGAUGAGAGGAGCCUCCCCCAGUCCGAUUGAGGCCAGGCACCGCCCUUCCUCCUCCUCGUCUUUUAAGUCUCAGGAUCUCGAUUUGGUACUCGGCAGUGAAGAGACGAACAAAAAAAGAUUCUCAAGAGAUUGGGACCUGAAAGAUGAUGAAAAGGCCCUGCAUCUUCCCAUCCAAUUUAGGAAGUUAAACUGCAAGAUAUCUCCCUUAAAAGUAGCGCUGGUCAUCAUUGUAUUGGUAGCUUUUGUCACUUUCUUGCACUCUCCUGCAGUUCACAUUACAGAUCGUCCAUCCCAUAUUAAUUCUUGGUCACCAAGUUUUGUAAACAGGUGGAUUAAAGAGACUAAUGCAAUCGAUUCGCAUUAUAUAUCAACUUUGGAGGUCAACUGGGAUAAACUUUCUGAUAUUAUUGAGAGACUGAAUGACCGCAAUCUGUACCAGGGUGUUGGCUUGCUAAACUUUAAUGACAGUGAGAUUGAUCAAUGGCAGCAGCUGAUACCAGAUGUUGAGCAUGUUGUUCUGCUUUUAGACCAUGUCUCUACGAACAUCACUUGGGAAUCACUGUACCCCGAAUGGAUUGAUGAAGAGGAGGAAUUUGAGGUUCCUACAUGUCCUUCUUUACCCUGGCUUCAAGUUCCUGGAAAGCCUCGUAUGGAUCUUAUUGCUGUCAAGCUCCCAUGCAACAAGAAUGGAAAGUGGUCAAGAGAUGUGGCUCGUUUGCAUUUGCAGCUUGCCACUGCCAGGCUUGCUGCUUCAAGUAAAGCUUAUCAUCCAGUACGUGUGUUAUUGGUGACUGAUUGCUUUCCAAUACCGAAUUUAUUCACUUGUAAGGACCUUGUUUUGCAUGAAGAGAAUGCAUGGCUGUAUGAACCCAACCUCAAUGCGUUAAGGGAAAAGGUUCAGCUCCCAGUAGGUUCAUGUGAACUUACUGUUCCUCUCAGGGCUAAAGAUAAUUUUUUCUCUGAAAGACCUCUCCGAGAAGCAUAUGCAACAAUUCUGCACUCUGCACAUGUAUAUGUUUGUGGAGCAAUUGCUGCUGCUCAGAGUAUCCGAAUGGCAGGUUCAACAAGGGAUCUUGUGAUACUUGUCGAUGACACAAUUAGUGACUAUCACAGAGGGGGUUUGGAGGCUGCUGGGUGGAAGAUCCAUACAAUCCAAAGAAUCAGGAACCCUAAAGCUGAACGUGAUGCAUACAAUGAAUGGAAUUACAGCAAAUUCCGCCUUUGGCAAUUGACAGAUUAUGACAAGAUCAUUUUUAUUGAUGCUGAUCUGCUUAUACUCAGAAAUAUUGAUUUCCUCUUUGAGAUGCCAGAAAUAUCUGCUAUUGGAAAUAAUGCUACGUUGUUUAACUCUGGUGUUAUGGUGGUAGAACCAUCAAAUUGUACAUUCCAGCUUCUUAUGGAUCACAUCAAUGAGAUUGUUUCCUAUAACGGUGGGGAUCAAGGGUAUCUUAAUGAAAUUUUCACAUGGUGGCACCGAAUUCCAAAGCACAUGAACUUCUUGAAGCAUUUCUGGGAAGGUGAUGAGGAGGAAAAAAAAGAGAAGAAAACUAGUCUUUUUGCUGCUGAUCCUCCUAUCCUUUAUGUCCUCCAUUACCUGGGUAAUAAACCAUGGCUAUGCUUUCGGGACUAUGACUGCAACUGGAAUGUAGACAUUUUGCAGGAGUUUGCUAGUAAUAUUGCUCACAAGAGGUGGUGGAAGGUGCAUGAUGCCAUGCCGGAGAAUUUGCAGAAGUUCUGCUUACUACGUUCUAAGCAGAAGGCACAAUUGGAGUGGGAUCGGAGGCAGGCUGAGAAAGGAAAUUAUACUGAUGGCCACUGGAAAGUCAAGAUAAAAGACAAACGACUAAAGACUUGCUUUGAGGACUUCUGCUACUGGGAAAGCAUGUUGUGGCACUGGGGCGAGACAAAUUGGACAGACAAUGCAACUGCUACUCCGUCACCACCUGCUAUUACUACUGCCAGGCUCUAAUUCUUUGUGACCCUGCUUCUUCAUACUUACAAAUUACAUGUAAAUGAUACAGGAGAGCACAAUUGAGUUUCCCCAAAUGUUUACAUUGUGCACAAACUCUACUCCUCUGCGCCCUUGAUGCAAAUGAAGCCUCUUGUUAUGAUGUCUUAUCCAUUGAUUUUCCUAA